GGGGCGGUGCAAGGCGCGAGUGCGGUCAUGGCGGUCGUGGAUGGUUUGGAGCCGAGGAAAAGGGAAUAGAUGGGGGAACUUGGAAAUAACAACGUUUGUUCUAUUUUUUUGUUUUAAUACCUCUUUCAGCACUGAGCCGUGCCUAUGUGUUAAUAUUUUGCUAAAAUGGGCACAGACACGAACGAAACAGAGUACGAGUUGUGUGUGGGUUUCGGGGGACUGGAGGGGCCAGAGUAUCAUGGAAGUGCCAGCCAGCCCAUUAUAGCCAGUCCUAAGUAUUGUCCUGGAGUAAAUAACAAUGCUGGGUAUCAGUGUGAAACAGGGCACUGCUGUGGAGAAACAGGAUGCUGUACAUACUACUACGAACUGUGGUGGUUUUGGCUUCUUUGGACCAUCCUCAUUUUCUUCAGCUGCUGCUGUGCCUACCGACACCGACGAGCCAAACUACGCAUCCAACAGCAACAACGUCAAAGGGAAAUCAACCUCAUUGCCUACCAUGGGGCAUGCAAUUAUCCUGCAUCUAUGCUGGAUCUUAGUUUUUUGGCCUCAUUCAAGCUGCCUUCAUAUGAAGAGGUUGCUGCCCGUCCUAACACCCCACCACCUCCUUACAGCACUGUGUUUGCCCUUCAAGGAGGGCAGUAUGCCCACCCAGGCCCUAGCUGCUUGACAUCAUCCCAAAGUUCUGAUAAUUAUACCAGCUGUUCCUGUGAGUCCUGCUCAGCUUCCUCACCUAGUAGCACCUCAUUUUCUGUGCAGGUCACUGAUGAGACAGACACCAGCAAUGCAACAACACCUAGUGAGACUGGAGAUUCUCGGCCAGUAAGUGCAACAGCAGAUACGUCCACUCCUGUAGUUGUUGCUGAUCCCCUUGGUGCAACUUCAGUGGUAACAGGACAGGACAAACAAGGAGAAGGGAGCAGUAAAAACCAAGAGGAGCCACAGUCACCCAGAGUUAUGAAUUCCCCACCAAAGCAUGCUCUGUUUUCUUCAAAUGUAGACUUUUUUGAACCUGACUGCCAUGCCUGCUGUUCCUCAGACAUUGAAGAAAAUGAGGAUGCAGAUGAAGAGCACUUUCGUCAUCGUCGGCUUACUGGGGAUUCAGGGAUUGAGGUUUGUCGCUGUCGGAUUGAUAGUGAGGAUGAAGAUAAUGAAUCCAGCAAAGAACAUGUGGCUCGGGAAAUGAAAUGUUUACUUCAUGACAGCUCUGGCUGCUCCAAUAGGAGUGAAGUCUCGUCAGUGCAACAAUGCCGUGAGAUGUCUGGCCAGCCACAAGAAGAAUAUGUUAACUUGUGUGCUGCUAACAUGAGUGGAGAAUUUAUUGUGUCUAUGGAGUCCGUUUGAAAUCUUAGCCUGUGAAGAAAAAUAUCAUAUGUGAAUGUAUUCCAAGUUUGGAAAACAUGGAGUUCAUUUGAUAACUCCUUGGCAAUAAUGCUAGUAGCAUGAUGCAUUGUGUUAACAUGCCCUUAAAUUUAAAAUGGACGAGGCAAUUUGAAGUUGAUAUGUGUAUGAUCAAA